CUACGAUGACCCCCACAAGACGCCUGCCUCCCCGGUGGUGCACAUUCGGGGGCUGAUCGACGGUGUCGUGGAGGCCGAUCUCGUGGAGGCCCUGCAGGAGUUUGGCCCCAUUAGCUAUGUGGUGGUGAUGCCCAAGAAGAGGCAAGCCUUGGUGGAGUUUGAGGACAUCCUUGGCGCCUGCAAUGCUGUUAAUUACGCAGCCGACAACCAGAUCUACAUUGCUGGUCACCCCGCCUUUGUUAACUACUCCACCAGCCAGAAGAUAUCCCGCCCUGGGGACACGGAUGAUUCCAGGGGCGUCAACAACGUCCUGCUCUUCACCAUCCUCAACCCUAUCUACUCCAUCACAACGGAUGUGCUCUACACCAUCUGCAACCCCUGCGGCCCCGUGCAGAGGAUCGUUAUUUUCAGGAAAAACGGCGUCCAGGCCAUGGUGGAGUUUGACUCGGUGCAGAGCGCCCAGCGAGCCAAGGCAUCCCUCAACGGGGCCGACAUUUACUCCGGGUGCUGCACACUGAAGAUCGAAUAUGCCAAGCCCACGCGUCUCAACGUCUUCAAGAACGACCAGGAUACCUGGGACUACACCAACCCCAACCUCAGCGGACAAGGAGACCCGGGUGGCAACCCCAACAAGCGCCAGCGGCAGCCCCCGCUCCUGGGAGACCACCCUGCGGAGUACGGAGGCCCCCACGGCGGAUACCAUGGGCACUACCACGACGAGGGUUAUGGCCCCCCGCCGCCCCACUACGAAGGGAGAAGGAUGGGCCCUCCGGUGGGGGGGCACCGUCGGGGACCCAGCCGGUAUGGUCCCCAGUAUGGGCACCCGCCGCCGCCCCCACCGCCGCCGGAGUACGGCCCCCACGCCGACAGCCCUGUCCUCAUGGUCUAUGGCUUGGAUCAGUCCAAGAUGAACUGCGACCGCGUCUUUAACAUCUUCUGCCUCUACGGAAAUGUGGAGAAGGUGAAGUUCAUGAAGAGCAAGCCGGGGGCAGCCAUGGUGGAGAUGGCGGACGGCUACGCUGUGGACCGGGCCAUCACCCACCUCAACAACAACUUCAUGUUCGGGCAGAAGCUCAAUGUCUGCGUCUCCAAGCAGCAGGCCAUCAUGCCUGGGCAGUCCUACGGGCUGGAGGACGGAUCCUGCAGCUACAAGGACUUCAGCGGCUCCCGCAACAACCGCUUCUCCACCCCCGAGCAGGCGGCAAAGAACAGGAUCCAGCACCCCAGCAACGUCCUCCACUUCUUCAAUGCUCCCCUGGAGGUGACCGAGGACAACUUCUACGAGAUCUGCGAUGAGCUGGGAGUGAAGCGACCCUCCUCCGUCAAGGUCUUCUCGGGGAAGAGCGAGCGCAGCUCCUCGGGGCUGCUGGAGUGGGACUCCAAGAGCGAUGCCCUGGAGACCCUUGGCUUCCUCAACCACUACCAGAUGAAGAACCCCAUACCCCCGGUGCCUCCCAGUCCUUCCUUAGUGGAUCCCACUGAGUCCUAG